CUUUGCUCCACUCAGGAGCACUGGAGUGCGCUGUACGUACAGAGGGCUCAGGGCUACUGACGCGGGCCUAGGAAGCACGCACGACCGGCCCGCGAGACGCCCUAACCGGCCUUCCUUAUUAAAGAUCUGGCGCAGCUGAGGACCUAGCACAACGAUGCCGCGCCGCGUGCUCGCCGCGUUGACCAGCGGCGCGGCCGAGGCCUACGCGGAGGUGUGGCGGGACGUCUUCGCGGACGACGGCUGCGAGUGGCAGUGCGCAAUCAAAUCUCGCGGCGCUUCUCGCCAUCGACGCGACGGUAUGGUUUGCGCACAGGCGAGCGGCUCGGGCUCGGCGCGGCGGCGCCCGACGAGGCGCGGCUGCGGCGCGUCUGCGCGCCGCUCGGCAUCCACGCCAAGCACGGGACGGAGUGCGCCGUCUCGGUCGCGCUCGCUAGCCGCGGCGUCCACCUGAAGGCCGAGGACGCGUUCCGGAACCUGACGCUCGUCCGACCUGAAGUCCUGCCCGAGGUAUCCUCGCCGCGGCGGCUUGAAGUUCUGCCCGAGCGACGGCGCCUCAAGUCCUGCGCGGACACGGCCUCGUUCGACCCGAGCGACUCUUGUUGGGAGAUCCACUCGUGCGGUCUGUUGAAGAAGGAAGCGAGCAUCGUCUGCCACGGCGCGAGUGGAGAGAAAUUGUGUUGCGCGAGCAAGCAGGAGCACUGCCUGAGCGCGGCGUGGAAAUCAGAUUUUCGGACACGACACUCCGCGAGACCUCGGAGACACGCCCACAACCGUUGCCCGCGCGCAGGCUGCAUCUACGAUGAGAAACCAAUCAAGGCCCUCUUCUACAGCACCUUGGUCGUAGUGAUUAUACUCGGACUGUUCCUGAUGCUCCAGUGCUGGCGGUGGUCGCGGCCCGAGCCCGCGCCGCUGAGGGCUUCCUCGGCCGCUCCGGAGCCGGAGCCGGUCGCACAGGCCGAGAUCGUCCCCUACCCCAACCGGUCGUAACUUUUAAACA